CCCUCGCCUUUCAAAAGUCCGGCCUCGCUGCUGCAUCAUCAUCGCCCCUCGUCCUCCUUACCAUCAUAGCGACAUCGAGCUCGCCCUCCCCAAAUUCUACCAACUUCAACCUUUCGCACGCGCACCCAAUGGCACCUCCAAAGUCUGCCUCCGUCGAGGUCGGUGAUGCUCCUCCCAAGGGAGAGGGCAGGAUCAGACGAUCGUACAAGGCCCCUGACAAUCUCAUUGCCAACCCCGGCAAUGGCAUCGAGACGAUGGUCGACGUCUUCAACUUUGCCCUGAAGAAGUUCACCAACAAGCCCGUCCUCGGAUGGCGUGACCUCGUCAAGAUGCACGAGGAGGAAAAGGAGGUGACAAAGAAGGUCGAUGGCAAGGAGAAGAAGGAGAUGAAGAAGUGGCAGUACUUCGAGCUCAGCGACUACAAGUACCUUACCUACGCCGAGCUCGACGAGAAGAUUGCCCACGUCUCGAGCGGCUUGUCCAACCUUGGCCUCAGCAAGGAGACCCGCUUCAACAUUUACUCUGCUACCAGCCUGAACUGGCAGCUCCUCGCCCAUUCGUGCUUCCGUCAGAAUAUCCCAUUCUGCACAGCCUACGAGACGCUUGGUGAGGAGGGCCUCUCUCAUUCGCUCAACGAGCCCGAGGUCGUAGGUGUUUUUACCAACGAGAACCUCAUCGACACACUCGCCAAUGUCCUUCCCGAGACCAAGACUGUGAAGUACGUCAUCUACGACGGCAAGCCAUCUGACGAGAAGAUCAAGAAGCUCGAAAAGGGUCUCGAGGGUCGCGAGGGCACCAAGGUUAUCUCACUCCACAACCUCCUCGAGGAGGGCAAGAAGAACAAGGCCGAGGCCCACCCUCCCAAGAGCGAGGAUGUAGCCUGCAUCAUGUACACCUCUGGCUCGACUGGCGCUCCCAAGGGUGUCAUCCUCACCCACGCAAACCUCGUUUCAUCUGUCGGCGGUGUCGUCGAGCUCCUCGGCGAGCAUCUUUUGGCCACUGACACCUUCCUCGCCUACCUUCCCCUGGCCCACAUUCUCGAAUUUGUCGUCGAGUGCUCCCUCAUCUUCGUCGGUGUUACCAUGGGCUACGGCUCAGUCAAGACGUUGACAGACCAGUCGGUACGCAACUGCCAGGGUGACCUGGUCGCAUUCAAGCCCUCGGUCAUGGUCGGUGUGCCCGCGGUCUGGGAGCAGAUUCGCAAGGGCAUCAAUGCCAAGCUCUCGGCAGCUCCCACCAUCGCUCGCGGAAUGUUCAACGCCGGUCUCACCGUGAAGCGUAAUAAGAUUCCCGGCCUCUCUGGCUUCUUUGACGCUGUCGUCUUCAAGAAGGUUGCUGCAGCCACGGGUGGUCGCCUGCGCCUCGCCCUCAGCGGAGGUGCUGCCAUCUCUCGCGAGACGCAGGAGUUCCUGGAUCUGGCCCUUGUUCAACUGCUGCAGGGGUACGGCAUGACCGAAUCCUCGGCGAUGUGUGCCAUUGUCACUCCUCAAUUCCACAAGGAUUACGGAACAGUCGGUGUUCCCGUCCCUUCGAUCGAGAUCAAGCUCAAGGACGUCCCAGACGCUGGCUACUUCUCUACCAACAACCCGCCACAGGGAGAGGUCCUCAUCCGCGGACCUGCGGUCACCAAGGGCUACUUCAAGCGCGAGGAGACGACAAAGGAGACCAUCGAUGACCAGGGAUGGCUCAUGACGGGUGACGUUGGGCAGUGGAACAAGGAUGGCACGCUGAGCAUCAUUGACCGUAAGAAGAACUUGGUCAAGCUGGCCGGUGGAGAGUACAUUGCCAUCGAGAAGAUCGAGAGCGCUCUCAAGUCGAGCUCGGUGGUGCAGAACAUGGCACUUGUUGCCUCUUCGGACGCUAAGCAACCUAUGGCUGUCGUAUUCCCUCGUGAGGGUGACCUACAGAAGCUGGCGGGCAACUCGGAAGACCUCUCUACGCUGAUCAAGGACAAGCAGCUGGCCAACAAGGUCAAGGACGAGCUCGUUUCGGUCGGCAAGAAGAAUGGCCACAAGGGAAUGGAGCUGGUGCAGUGCGUCCUCCUUGUCGGCGAAGAGCUGCCCAUGACUGCCGCACAGAAGCUGCAGCGCAAGCAAGUCGAGGACAAGUACAAGGACUCGAUCAAGGAGAUCUACCCAUGAGAGGCCUCGAAAGACGAAGGCAGCUGGUAUACCCCCCUGUUUCAGCUGCCCUGUUCUGCUCGUAGCUGUGACCCUUGCGCAUCAUCUGUCGACAUUGUCUAUGUCUAUGUCCUUGUCUCUGGUUGAUCAGCCGAUGUCUACACCACUUUUUCUCUAGCGAUUCCUUUCUGACUCUCGUGAGCUGGGAAAUGAGAAACACCAUUGCC